AUGGCUAAGUACUUGCGGAAAUUCUUCACCUUAGCUGUUAACGAUUUAGCUAACCAAUACGCAAUUCCUGGAAAGUCAAUGACUGGUUAUGUGCUCUCGAAGUACUGUGCUCGUAAAACUGAUCAUCUCAACAAAGCACUGGUCGACGGUCUUGAUAUACAAAAAGACGACAACAUAUUGGAGCUUGGUUAUGGUAGAGGAAAUGCGCUGAAAUAUUGCUUCGACAGAGUGUCCGACGGAGAAGGCGUGGUGUUCGGAAUCGAUCGGUCUCCUUACAUGCAAGAUUGUGUCCAUAAUCGAUUCGCCCUAGAAAUUGCAGAAACAGGAAGGCUUAGACUUGAUCAUGCACCUGAUCUUCGCGACUUACCGUACCCGUCUGGGAUUUUCAAUCACAUUCUUCACGUGGACUUCUUCUAUUUUAUCCAUCAAGACGUAAUGUACGAUGUCUGUAGGGAAUUUUUACGAGUUUUGAGACCUGGCGGAGCUAUAACAUGUGGAAUGCAAUUCAAUAGGUUAAAGAAUUUAUCGCGUUGGGGUUUACUUGAAGAAUCUCAGUGGGAUCCCAUGCGAUACAUGUCAUGUCUGGAACCGGCUGGAUUCGUGGAUGUUAAAAUCGACUACAAAUCGGGUAACAAGGUUGGCGAAUAUCAGUUGAUUAGUGCACGUAAACCGGACACGAAUAAAGCAUUCGAGGAUCCCGACGAGACAAUGCGAGAACUCGAAUUACAAAUCAAAAAAGAAAUGCUGAUUUCUGACUUAAUGAAGUCACGACGAAAACUUACAAAGGAGGAAUUAGACAUUUUGAAUGAAGAAAUUCCCAGACACCUCAAAAAAUAG